GGGGAGGAGAGGAAGGGGGGGGGAGGCAGAGAGAAGGGGGGGGUGGGCUGAGCGCGGUGUGUAUAUACAAUGGCGGAGGGGGAGGCCGAGGGGACCGCUCCCCUCUGCCGGAGCGUCUCCUUCAAGCGGCUGGAGCGGUGGCUGGAGGCAGCGGCGGAGGGGGAAGGAGCCCGGCAGCCGCCCUGCCCCGGCGCAAGGGCGCAGCAGCCGCCGUGCCAGUGCCAGCCCCCCGGCGCCAGGGCGCAGCAGCAGCAGCGGGACUCGCCGCAGCGCCGCCGGCGAUCGCCCUCCAGAGCCGCCUCCAGCGGCCUCUCCAGGAAAGUUUCCAAGCUCUCGGCCGCCGCCUGCCCCUCCCCGGAGCUCCGGGGCAGAGCCCUGCGGAGCCUGUCCCCCUCCGUCCGCCAGCUCUCCCAGCGCUUCGACGCCGCCGCCGGGGCCGCUCCCCCGCCAGCCCCGCGCGGCUCCCAGAGCGAGGAGGAGCCGGACGAGGACGGGGCCACCUGCUGCCCGCCCCAGCCGGGGAAGAGGGAGGCUCGGCCGCCGCCCGAUGAGGAGGGCGGGGGGCAGCCGCGCGGCCCGGGGCUGAGCGAGCCCCCCAAGGCGGGGGAGGCCGGACUGGAGCCGGGGGGGCUCUGGCCCAGCGUCACCGAGAUGCGCAAACUCUUCGGGGAGAGCUUUCGGCGGCAGCCCCCCGGCCGGGCGCCGGAGGAGGAAGGCGGGGCCCGCUCCCUGCACGGAGCCGGCAGCCCCCCGCUCCCCAGCAGCGCCCCCGCUCCGGCCAGGAGGGAGGAGGAGCGGCUCCGCGCCGGCCCCAAGCCGCCCCCCCCUCCCCCGCCGCCCCGCAGCUGCAUCCCCUACCCCGGCCUGCUGCGAGCGCACCCGCUGCCCUGCGCUCCGGCCGGCGGGGAGGCCAGGCGGCAGCACCCGCACCCGCACCCGCCGCCUUGGGAUAGUUUACAUUCCUGGCAUAGUUCUGCCAAACCGCAGCCUGCCCCCCCGCCCUCCACCACCUCCUCUGCUGGCUGCAACCUCCUCCGAGAAGAGAGCUCCAGCCGCCAGGAGCUGCUGCCUGCUCGCAGCUUCCCCUUCCCUGGCAGCGCCAGCAGCAAGCAUGGCCCCUGCGGGGGCAGGCCCAGGUCCCUGGAGAGGUCCUCGGGGAGUGAGGAGGAAGGGAACCAGCUAGCGACCCCCAGGAAACGCUCCGUCCGGAAGAAAAAGAAAGACCUGGGCCUUUGGGACCAUGAGUCUGACAGCGACGGGCUAGCGGGAAUGGAGGCCGUGCCAGGGCGGCCCCCCCGGACUCAUGAGGUCCUGGCACACCUGCCUCUUCCUGCGAACGAUGGAGCCAAGCCGCCCUCGGUGGCAAAGAGGCUGGUAGCAGCAGAUUGCAACAGUGGGAACACCUUUGCCGCCCUGCUAGGUGAAGCCAAGGCCGUGGGCAGCGCCGAAGGGCACCGGCAGUACGUGAGGGGCAUGUCAGAAGGCGUAUCCGCUGCUCACUUCCCGCUGACCACAGCGCCACCUGUACCCCUGGUCUCCCGCGUCUCCAAAGUGAACAUCCCGCCUUUCGGGCCGAGCCCUUGCGGGUCGAGAAGCAGCAGCAGGUACUCGAGCACUGAGACACUGAAGGAAGAGGACCACUUUGGGCCCUGCUGGCCCAGCCAAAGCCGGAGCUUCCAGGGGGGCCUCGGCAUGUACAGAUCCCCCAGCUUCGGCCAAAGCGACAGCCUCGCCAGGCUUCAGCAGCAGGUCCGGGUGCGUCCUAAGCUGCCCGUGGGCGUCGGCAAAGUGAAACAGGAGCCUUCCAGUGAGAUUCUGCUCCACCGUGGACCCGAGGCCGAGCAAGCCAAGCACAGGAAGUCCAUGUCCAAUCCUGACAUAGCCACUGAGACGCUGACUCUCCUCAGCUUCCUGAAAUCGGAUCUCUCUGAGCUGAAGGUGAGGAAGAAAGGUGGCGGGGUCAGUGACCAAGAGGAAGGCAGUGGCAGGAGUGAGAACGACCAGAGCCCAGCUGGGCACCAGCUGGGAGGCAGAGGCCGAAGUGUGGCACAAACCUCGAACCGGUGGGCACUAGGCGUCCGCCCAACUCUCAAAGACCUCACCGCAACCUUACGCCGGGCCAAGUCGUUCACCUAUUCUGACAAACCGGCGCCACGCAGGCUCUUCCUCCAGAGCUCCAUGAAACAAAGCUCCUCGGAGCUUCUCCUGGCCAGCAGCAGCGACCAUGACAGCGUGGUUUCGGACGGUGAUGCUGGCCAGAGAGAGGACGAUGACGGGCUCCCGGUCGUUAUCCAGGAUCAGUAUAUUCAGGAAGCACGGCAAGUCUUUGAGAAGAUAAGUCGGAUCGGCUCCCAGCACGACUACGGCUUUGUGUCAGAUCAGAAGGACAGCGCAGGUGUGAAAAGUGGCGGGGAGUUUACAGAGAACCAGAAGGAAGCCGAUGAGGCCCUUCUGGGGAGCAAAGAGCACAGGCAGUGUCUGAAGAAAGCAGAGUCUGAAGAAAACCUCUCUUGUGGGAAGUCCAUGGAGGAGCUCUCCGGUCAUGAGUCUAGUAUGACCGAUGAAGGCAUCGUGACGGAGCCUGAGAUGGGUCCCACCAAUGCUGCUUAUGGGGAUCUCCAUCAGGCUGUCGCACCGUGGACCCCGGCCAACGCCGACCUAGGGGAGGGCGACACUGAUCGAAUGAACAGCAAAGAGAUUCCUCUCCCUGGGCUCGCAGCUAGAAUGAACCAUGAGGGUGCUGCUGUUGAUGACUUUCCUGGUAAAGCCCAAGGGUCCCUAGAGGCACCUUCCACCCCAAGCACCCUGCGGCGGCGAAGGAAGUUUCCCUCUGUUGGCAACAACUGGUCCGAUUCCAGCAAUGGGGAAUCCAGUGGUGAAGCCUACAGAUCCCUAAGCGACCCCAUGCCCCACAGGCGGUGCUCGAUCACAGAAGAGACCGAGAACUUCUCAGUGGACAGUAAUCUCCUAGGGUCCCUGAAUUCCAAGGCCGGUGUCCCAGAGUCUUUGGCCAUGGCUCUGUCCGAGUGCACCGGCAGUGCUGCCAGCGACCUGUCCGUCUGUAGCGAUGGAGUCAAGGACUACAGCACGGUGAUCCAGAACAUUGUUAGCCAGCCCGGCGCCAUGGACAAAGUGAUCGACGAGCGGGGAAAUGGUAAGACAGUCAAGAAGAAAUCGUUCAGCGACCCCAGCCGUCGCAGUGAGUUGGCCAGUGCAGGCUUUGAGGGCCCCAGCGAGCCAAUCAGUGAGAUGGACCAGACCAUCCCGCCUUCCAGCAGCGAACCCAUCCUCUCCGAGCAAAGGGACGAGGUGGAGGAGCUGGAGGAGCUAGGCCAGGAGUUUGAGAAGCUGCGCUCUCAGUCUGAGCACGUCCUACCUGCAAACGCAGGAGGCAACAAUGCAGGAGAGACCACUCAAAGCUAUAGCUUUGACCCCAAGCUGGCGGAAGUCCUGUCCCCCAGGAUCAUCAGGCGCAGUUCCAAGAAGCGCACCAACCGGGUGACUCACCAGGAGAAUCAUGAGACUGCAUCCUCUGCCACAACUCCUGCUACUACCCUGAGUAGGUCCAGGCCUGCAUCCAAGCAUGUCCGGCACACCAGCGAGCCUGCCGCUUUCCUCCCCAUCUCAGCACCUGAGCCUCUUGGGUCGCUCAGGCAAAACGUCCAUGUAACUGUGCCAGAAUCUUCACCUCUCCCCAUCAAAUCCUACCCUGUACUCCAAGCUCCAUCCUUGGAGGAUGUCACCAAGCAAUACAUGUUAACUCUUAACUCCGGGGACUUGUCUUCUGGUGGCACUGUGGAUAUGCCCAGGUCUUCGCCUGCUACACCGACUACUUCAGAGCCCAAGCUGCUGAGAUGUCCAAAGCAGCAGGAGGAACACAGCCUGAGCAGCACCAAGAGCAAGCCUCAAGUGGACAUGCGGAAACAUGUCACCAUGACGCUCCUGGAUACAGAGCAGUCCUACGUGGAGUCCCUCCGCACCCUGAUGCAGGGUUACAUGAAGCCCUUGAAGCAGCCAGAAAACUCGAUCCUCUGCGACCCGUCCUUGGUGGACGAGAUAUUCGACCAGAUCCCCGAGUUGCUGGAGCACCACGAGCAAUUCCUGGAGCAGGUCCACAACUGUGUGCAGAACUGGCAUGAGAAGCAGAAAGUGGGAGACGUCCUGGUACAAUCUUUUUCCAAGGACAUCCUGGUGAGCAUUUAUUCUGCAUACAUCGAUAACUUCCUCAAUGCCAAGGAUGCCGUGAGAGUAGCCAAGGAAGCCAGGCCGGCCUUUAUGAAAUUCCUGGAGCAAAGCAUGCGGGAGAACAAAGAGAAGCAGGCGCUGUCCGACCUGAUGAUCAAGCCUGUGCAGAGGAUCCCACGCUACGAGCUGCUUGUCAAGGACCUUCUGAAGCACACGCCCGUGGACCACCCCGACCACCCCUUCCUAAUAGACGCCCAGAGGAACAUCAAGCAAGUGGCCGAGAAGAUAAACAAAGGGAUGAAGAGCGCCGAGGAGGUGGAGAGGAACGCCAGGAUAGUGCAGGAGAUUGAGUCCCACAUCGAAGGGAUGGAGGAUCUCCAAGCCCCGCUCCGGAGGUUCCUGCGCCAGGAGAUGGUGGUGGAAGUGAAGGCGGUGGGUGGGAAGAAGGACCGCUCGCUCUUCCUCUUCACGGACCUGCUGGUUUGCACCACCCUGAAGCGCAAGUCGGGGUCUCUGCGCCGCAGCUCCAUGAGCCUUUACACGGCCGCCAGUGUUAUAGACAUAGCCAGCAAGUACAAACUGCUCUGGAAGCUGCCCCUGGAGGAUGUCGACAUUGUGAAAGGGGCUUCCCAGUCCACCAACCGCGAGAGCAUCCAGAAGACGAUCUGCCGCCUGGACGAGGACCUGAGCACGCUGGGCCAAGUCAGCAAGCUCUCCGAGACCCUCAGCUUCCCCCACCAGAGCCUGGAUGACGUCAUCAAAGACCUGAUGGCCGCCAUACACCGAGAGCUGGCGGAGAAGCAGUCCCUCUCCUUCACCAUGUCCUUCCCGCCCAACAAAAUGGAGCUCACCACCACCAAAGCCGACGGCACCGAGUCCUUCAUCUUCGAGUUCCCCAACCCGGACGCGCGGCACAGCUUUGAGCAGGCCUUUGAGGACGCCAAGAAGAAACUGGCUUCUCACAAGAACUGCCUGGACCCGGAAUUCCUGAAGGCGAUCCCGAUUAUGAAGACACGCAGUGGGAUGCAAUUCUCUUGUGCUUCUCCCAGUCACAGCAGCCCCGAGAACACCUACGAGGUGUGGGUGUGUAACAGCGACGGCUACGUGGGGCAGGUCUGCCUCCUCAGCAUCAAGAAGGAGCCCACGGUGGAGGCCUGCAUAGCUGUGUGCUCGGCCAGGAUCCUCUGCGUCGCCGCCGUGCCGGGGCUCAAGAGGAGCUUCAGGGAGCGUCCUGAGUCCCUGGUGAGUCCAACUUCUGAGCCGGCUCCUUCGGCGCUGGAUGACUCUGGGCCGCAGCCGUGCCUACAUAUCUCCAUCUCCGGCUCCUCGAUAGAGCUCUCCGAGCCCAUGGACAGCGCCAACAGGGAGCUGAUGCCUUUUGACAGCGACGAUACAGACGAUGAGUCCUCUCCAAGCCCGUCAGGCACACUCCAGAGCCAGGCCAGCCACUCCACCAUCUCCUCCAGCUUUGGAAACGAAGAGAUCCCCAGCUCCAAAGAUGUGGCAGCUGAAACCACCAGCUCGGAGGAGGAGCAAGACCCAGGCUUCCUUCCCAUCUCCAGCACCUUCAGCCAGAACAGGAAUAGCGAGAGCCCCAUGGAUGGGCGGGCGAUGAGGAGGUCAAGCCGAGGGUCCUUCACGAGGGGCAGCUUGGAGGACCUGCUGAGCAUAGAUCCUGAGGCGUAUCAGAGCUCAAUGUGGCUGGGCACAGAGGAUGGCUGCAUCCAUGUGUACCAGUCCUCAGACAACAUCCGCAACCGGAAGAACAGCAUGAAGAUGCAGCACUCGGCCUCCGUCAUGUGCAUCCUGUACCUGGAUAACCAGGUCUUUGUGUCCCUGGCGAACGGCGAACUCAUCGUCUACCAGAGAGAGGCAGGACAUUUCUGGGACCCUCAGAACUCCAAGUCCCUGUCCCUUGGCUCCCCGGGCAGCCCUGUCACUAAGAUGGUGUCGGUGGCUGGCAAGCUGUGGUGUGGGUGUCAGAACCGAGUCGUUAUCCUCAACACGGCCACACUGCUGCAGGAGCACAUGUUCCAUAUCGGGCAGGACAGCAACCGCAGCGUGACCUGCAUGGUGAGCUGCAGCCCAGGUAUCUGGAUCGCGCUCCAGAGCAGUGCCCAGGUGAGGCUGUACCACGCCACAAGCUACGAGCAGCUGGCGGAAGUCGAUAUCACGCCCCUGGUCCACAAAAUGUUAGCAGGUUCGGAUGCCAUUAUCCGCCAGCACAAGGCUGCCUGUUUGCGGAUCACAGCACUCCUGGUUUGCAAGGACUUGCUCUGGAUUGGUACCAGCGCCGGGGUAGUGCUGACGCUCUCCAUCGCGGCCAAUGCCACCUCCUUGAAGAUGCCCCUGACGCCGGUGGGUUUGUCCCAGGGGCACACUGGGCACGUGCGCUUCCUCACCUCCAUCGAACUGCCCGACAGCUUUGAUAUCAUCUUUCCACUGCCGAGGGAUCCAGGUACCGAGAAGCUGAGCGAUGCAGAAAAGAGAGAUUUGGCAAGACACAGGUCCUCCAACAUGGUCCUCUCCAAGUCUAAGAUGCUGGUGAUCAGCGGGGGGGAUGGCUAUGAGGAUUUCAGACUCACCAACAGCAGCGAGACAGUGGGGCGAGAUGACAGCACAAACCAUCUCCUCCUGUGGAGGGUCUGAUCCACGGCAGCACGGGA